UUCACACCCGUCACUAUAUUUUUUCCCUUUUUUUUUGUCAAGUAUAUAUGUGUAGACCAGUGGGAGGAGAGGUAGAGGAGGAAUUUAAUUGGAAGAAAUCUGGAAAAAGGUGGGAGGCAGGGGAUGUGCUGGAAUCGCUGUUUUUAAAAGUCUUUUGUUUUCUUUGGCGUACGCUAUUUUGUUUGUUUUAGUGGCAGAAGCGAGCAGCAGGAGAGGGUAAGGAGGGGUUGGGUGGGAAAGAGAGAGGGGUGGUGGUGAAGCGAGUGCCGCAGAACGGCUUGGAGGAAAAGCUUUCCCCCUUUCUUCUUUUUUUAUAUAGUAGCCGCGGGCGGAGGAAUCGGCGAAUCUUGGGGGGAUGCGAGGCCGGGCCCGGUGGAUUUCUCUCUCCUAAUACCCCAGAGGUAUCUUGAUUGUUACCAGAAGUGAAAGGUAGAAUUUUUCCUCUGGUUUCUGCUCUUUGAUAUGAGAAUCUUCAUGAGGAUGAGCUGCAUGAAGCCUGUGCCUUGAAUCUUUGGAAUCUUGAAGUAAGAUGUCCCUGCUUGUGUUUAUGUGCUGGUCAUUAACUAAAACUCGAGGAACGUCUAGUUGGAUCUGAUUCUUAAAUGCAUAAAUUUUAUUAGGCUCAAACAUUAAGUUAUAUGAUUCGGUAUGUUUCCAUUUGGUUAGCACUUUGUGGGAGGUGGACAUGAGUAUGUUGGUGGGGAUAUGCUCCGGCCAAGGGAAGAUGAUAUACCUGGUCUUUUUCUGUUCUUGGUUGUGCUCCCUCUGGUCACUUACAUUUUACUUGGAAUAUGGAAGGAGACUUCGAAAAAGAAGGCCAGGUUAAGUGUGCUUGCACAGUUUGCUGCUGAGGAAGCUCUCAGAGUUGAAGCAAUGACAUCUGCUGAUGUUAUACCAGCUGGACCUUUUCUGAAAACUGGCUCUCAUGAGUGUGCCAGAUGCUUUGCUCCUGCUACAACUCGCUGCUCCAGAUGCAAAUCAGUCAGAUACUGUUCUGGGAAGUGUCAAAUAAUACAUUGGAGGCUGGGGCACAAGCAGGAAUGUCGGCAAUGGCAAGAUACCAGCUCCAAUGUUUCUGGUGGCCUUUCUCCAGUUCAACAGAAUUUUCUUUUAGAUGAUGUCAAAUCGUCGUUCCUUGGAAGUGAUAUUGAAGAGCCCCUGCAUGGAGAUCUUCAUGGUAAUGCAUCAAGUAAUCCUUGUGUCAUGAAAAUUGAUACACCUCAAGAUUCAGCUGCACAAAGAAAGCUAUCAGAAAAGUGGGCUCUUAAUAGAUCAAAAAGAGGUGCCUUUAAAAGUGAUGAAAGUGCUGCAUGUGCAUAUGAUGAAGCCAUUACCUGUAGUGCAGAUGGUCAAACUAUAUCUUCAAGCUCCUUGUUUACAGAGUUUUCAUCAAAGGAUCAUCCUCUGGAACAUAAGUUUCAGUUAGGAACUGCGAAUUUCACACCUGAUGAUGAAACUCAUAAGAUUCGAGACACCAGCAGUUCAUCCACUGUCAAAAAUGCUUUGCACCAGUCUCAUAAAUUAGCAGAUGAAACUAGGAAUGGACUUAAGACAGGCAGUUCUCCUGGAAUACCAGUCCCAUCCCAUUUGGAUAAAAAUAUGAUUAAUGGAUGUGGUGUGGGUGCUAAUAUCACUUCAGAGAAAGUUGAGUUUUUCGAAGGUGGAUUUUCUUCUGCUGGUGAAACAGUUGACUCGAGCUACUUAGCUGAAAAUAUCUCACCCAAAGGAAGCAUAGUUUUCAAAAAACCUCCAUACACAUUGGGACACACAUCUUCUUCGCCACAAAAAUCAUCUCAGAGAGCAUCGAGAGAAUACCCUUCUCAAGGAGUAGAAAGGCAUGCCCACAUGGAAAAUGAAUCUAGAAACCCCCGAACAAAUGUUUCACAGGGCUGCAAUGGGAUCUCCAACAUGGAAGGGGCAAAGGUGGCAGGAUCAAAGAAACCUUCAAAAGUCCUCAAACGGAAUCUUGUGAGCCUGAUAAAUGACAACAAGAAAAAUAAGGUAUGCCAGCUGUUGUUUUCUUUUGAGGAUCUUGUCAGGCUUUUUCAAUGUGAAGUCUGGGGCAUAUCUCCAAGAGGGCUUCUUAAUUGUGGAAACAGUUGCUAUGCUAAUGCGGUCCUGCAAUGUCUUACCUGCACAAAACCUCUCAUGGUGUACUUGCUUCAGAGGUCGCAUUCAAGAACCUGCCGAGUCAAAGAUUGGUGCCUCAUGUGUGAACUUGAGCAGCAUGUUUCUAUGCUACGGGAAGGUGGAGGCCCUUUGUCUCCCAGUAGGAUCCUUUCGAACAUGAGGAACAUUGGAUGUCGUAUGGGUGGUGGUAACCAAGAAGAUGCACAUGAAUUUCUAAGGCUUCUGGUAAUGUCUAUGCAAUCUACAUGCCUCGAGGGAUUUGGUGGUGAGAAGGAAGUGGAUCCAAAAUUGCAAGAGACAACACUAGUACAACAGAUUUUUGGUGGUCGGCUGAAGUCGAAGGUUAAGUGCAUGAGGUGCCAUGUUGAGUCUGAAAGAUAUGAAAAUAUUAUGGAUCUUACAUUAGAAAUACAUGGUUGGGUUGAGUCUUUGGAAGAUGCGCUCACACAAUUUACUGCUCCCGAGGAUUUAGAUGGAGAGAACAUGUACAGAUGUGGAAGGUGUUCUGCAUAUGUUAAAGCCAGAAAGCAGUUGAGCAUACAUGAGGUGCCAAACAUCUUAACGAUAGUUCUGAAAAGGUUCCAGACAGGAAAAUAUGGCAAAAUCAAUAAAUGUGUCACCUUUCCUGACAUGCUGGACAUGAUUCCAUUUGUGACUGGGACUGCUGAUAAUCCUCCCCUUUACAUGUUGUAUGCGGUUGUUGUACAUUUGGAUACCCUGAAUGCAUCAUUCUCUGGGCACUAUGUCUCUUAUGUCAAAGAUCUGCAAGGAACGUGGUUAAGGAUUGACGACUCUGAGGUGCAGGCUGUGCCACUGUGUCAAGUGAUGUCUGAAGGUGCCUACAUGCUAUUCUACUCGAGGUCUUUUCCGCGUCCACCAAGAGCUUACAUUGAUAAAGCACCUUUACAAGCUGCAGCUUAUGCAAAGCGUAACACAUCAAAAAUCCAAAACUCUUCAAAACAUGGGAAACAGAAACAAACUGAAGGCCCAUUUAUCCCAGAAAAUUCAGCAUACAUGCAAAAUGAUUUCAGACCAGAAUAUAGGGAAGGCAUCAUCAAAGAUCAAACAAUUGACUACAUGAUACGGUCCUCAAGUAGAAAUAUGCUCCCAACAAGGGGCGCAUAUGCGGAUUCAUUGAGCACGGACUUCUCUGAUGCUACAUCUAGUGAUUGGUCUCUUUUUACAAGCUCGGAUGAAUCAUCAUUCACCACUGAGAGUACCAGAGAUUCAUUCAGCACUGUCGAUUAUGGAGACCAUGCUACCCUUGAUCCCAUUUCCUCUAUAUUCGGCCCCUUUUAUGUGAGAGAGUAUUCUCACAGUAAUGGCAUUUCACGUACAGAGUUCUCAUCUUGUAGGCCGCAGAAAAGGUUCUUUUCAGAGAGCAUGGGAUUUGUUAUGGAUUCUUCAAUGCCGAGUCAAUCGCGAUGUACAUAAAGAAAGGAAUCUGGAGCAGGUCCGUGCUUUUUCAACUGAGUCUUUAAUCUUUGGCAAGGAGCUGUAGUCUGUAUGGUCAAUACGGGAGAAAUCCCAAAGAUGAUUUUGUUUGAACUACAGGUUUUUGUGAUAUGUAGCCGUUAGAUUCUCAUGGUUCUAGUGGUGCCCUCUUUGCUGUGGUUGAUCCCCAAGUUGAGCGCUGGCCAUGCCUCACAUUUUUUUAAUUGAGCGAGGCGUGUUCUGAUGUUGAUGCAAUUGGAGAGAGUGAGAGAGAGAGAGAGAGAGAGAUUAUGUAUUUAAUGAAAUUAAUUAGUGGAGAUGCUUAAUUUUAUAAAAAGAAAUUAGAUAAUGAU